UCCGUGGAACUCGCCGUGUCCACACGGUCAACAGAUUUGUCCAUCGUUCAGAAUCAGAGUCGACUUUAGUUAACGCGAGUGUCUGUUUUGUUCGGUGACUUUAAACAGUUAGGUCAAUGCUGGCGCUAAAAUCGCCUUUACCAAACCCGCGUGUGACAACGCAAAGUUUCCUCGAGUAAUUUUUCUCAGUGUUUCAAGAAGUUUUGACAUGUUGUUCUGUGGCGGAAGUUUCCGCGCAAAAACUGUCGAGAAAAAUGACGUUUGCAAAAUUGUCGAAGUUAACAAUCGACAGUUGAAACUUUUCCGAUCGCUUAGCUUCAGGGGAUACGACAAGGUUUUUAAUGGAAAAAAAGUUUUUGUUCAGCCGCCCAAAGUUCCUGAGGGAUCUGCAAAAGCCGCAUUUGAGCCAACCAAAUCGGGCCUGGACCCCACGAACUCAGGAAACCAGCUGCGACCUCUGAACUCCGAAAUAGCUGCCCCCAGGAUAGACAGUUACAGGUUCUCCAUGGCGAAUCUUGAGGACUCGCAAGACGUGGACCUGGACGCCAUCCUGGGGGAGCUCAAUGCCCUGGAGAACGAAUGCGAAAGGGAAAUUGGACAGGCCAGAGACAGUAAGCGAUAUUCAGAUGCUCAAAAGUUCCAUCAGUCCAGAGCUCACAACAGGACAUCGUCGGAGGGCCCUAGGCUCAAAAUAGACCAGGGUGGUGACGGUGACUUGAUUUUAAAGACUGACUCUGUUCGCACAGAAUCGCCCGACAAUGAUUCUGCCUUCAGUGAUACUGUGUCCAUGCUGUCCAGCGAAUCAUCGGCCAGCAGUGGCGGUAGUGCUGGCAACAAACCACAAUCUUUACUUUUACAAUCACAAGAUGACGCAACAAGGAUCAAAGCAGAAAAGAUCAGGAUGGCAAUGGAGAAAAUCAAAGAAGCCAACAUCCAGAAACUGUUUGUGAAAGUUUUCACAGUUGAUGGUUCCGCAAAGUCCCUUCUUGUAGACGAGAAGAUGUUGUGUUCUUACGUCACCAGGUUGCUAGCUGAUAAAAAUCACGUACCAAUGGACCCCAAGUGGGCCAUAGUAGAGAACUUACCGGACCUCUAUAUGGAAAGGGUUUACGAAGACCACGAACUCCUCGUGGACAAUCUCAUGAUGUGGACCAGAGAAUCGAAAAAUAAGGUCUAUUUCUCAGAGAGAAUGGAUAAAAUCAAACUCUUCACCCAUCCAGAAAGGUUUCUGUUAACUUCUACCGAUCGCCGGGAUAAUAUAGAAUUCGAUGAACACUCAAGAAAUAUGUUGUUGGAGGAUUUUUUCUCGCCCACCUCCAUUGUGAUACCAGAAGUCGAAGGACCAUUGUACUUGAAGGCAGAAUCCAAGAAAGGGUGGAAGAAAUACCACUUCGUACUUAGAGCCUCUGGAUUGUAUUAUUAUCCAAAGGAAAAAGUCAGAUCUGCUAAGGAUCUCAUCUGCUUGGCCAAUUUCGACAACAAUCAGAUGUACUAUGGCCUAGGUUGGAAGAAAAAAUACAAAGCACCUUCUGACUACUGUUUCGCUAUCAAGCACCCAAGAUUGCAAGAACCAAAAUCGUCGAAGUAUAUCAAAUAUCUUUGCGCGGAAGACCAGCAAUCCCUUGAGGCAUGGAUGAUUGGAAUGAGGAUUGCCAAAUACGGAAAACAGCUGAUGGACAACUACAGAAGCCUGAUGGAAGAAUUAGCACAAGAAGAUUUAGACCAGCUGGCACAUGCAAGAAGUUGUUCGGUCAGUUCGAUAGCGGUACCAUCUAAUGUUACAACCCCAACCCAAGGGUACCAAAGCAGUGAAGCUGGCUAUGGCACACAAAGUGAAACUUAUUCAGCUCCAAGUGAAAUCAGUUCAGGGAGACAUAGUAGAGCUAGCAGUUCCAGUUCUAGUGGUUGUAUGAGCGAUGGGGCACCAUCAAGCUGUGAAAACGCAUUCGAUUCUGAAUUUCCAAUGGGCACAAUCAAAAGAAAACCUUCCAUGAAACCGAACCUACCACUGACCAAUAUGACUAGACAACUGAAGGAAGUAGGCGAGACUAGGGACGAAUCAGAUUCAACUUGUGUCUCUUCACCGAACCACACCUACACCAACACAGGAACACUCACCCGAAGGCAUAGUCGAAGGAAAUCUAACAAUUCCGAAGAAUCCUCCAAUUCUGGAACACUCAAAAGGCAACUCUCCUACAAAUCUAGAGGAUCAAUGGAAUCCAUGGGAGGAAGAAGCAGCGGCAACUCAACACCUCUGUGCGGUACACCUGUGAGAGAGAGGGCUUCACCCUUUGGAGAAAGAAAUUCUUCUUUUGAAGAUAGGUCACCAAGUGAGGUGUCUGUGAGGAGUCCGGUGAGCCCUAUGUCGCCUGCAAUGGAGAUACCUUCUUCAAUGACUGAUUCAAUAAUUUCACUGCCACCACCACCGCCUCCCGAAGCAACGGAAGAUGUGAUCAGCGAUUCUCCUUCAUACCAGCUACCCCCUCCACCGCCGGAAGUGUACAACUCAAAUCUGUCCCUGGAUAGUUUACCUCCACCGCCAAACCCGAACGAACUCCCUCCAAUGACCGGUUCAGAACUGACAGGAAGUCAAUUAUCACUUAUGUCACUUCCCCCUCCGCCCGGAGAAGACAACGGCACUAUCAAGCGCAGGAAAGAAAGCAGCAGUUCAGCAUCGACGCCCACGAACGUCUUGAGUCCGAAUCGAACACCAACACAAAUGUCGCCAGAUGUAACUCCAACACACUCCAGACUGAACACGCCUUGCUUCAGCCCGCCCAUUUCAAACUCUGGUUCCAACUGCAGCACGCCCACGCAGUUGAACCCGCCUGGUAUUUUAAGUCCCACCCACACCGUUCAAAAUAGUCAAAUUCAAGCUCAGAACCAUGACAGAAACGGCACAGAGCCAAUUUAUGGUUCGAAUAAUAUCCCUCAACCUCCAUCUUAUGUAAACCCUCCACAAUACGGUAGCAGGCAGAAUAAUACCCUGCCAAACUCUUGUUUUAACAACAACAACGGACUUAGAUCUUCACUAAGGCAGUCUUCCUUACCUAGACAAAUUUCUUCGAAUAGUAUAGCUUCAAGUAGUUCUGGUUCUUCGGGAAAUUCCAUUUACGAAAACCAAGUCAGAAAUUCUCCUCAUCUGCAGAGGAAAGUGGCGUUCCAAGAGCCGUCGAGUCCUAAGAAGAGCAAUAAGAAGAUUAGUUUCAAUUUAACUCCUCAAGAAGUACCUCCGUUACCAAAAAGACCACAACCACCGAAAAGAUCUGAUUCUACCAAAUUGUCUAGCCCGAAAAAGUUAGCAGAUCCUCCACAUGAUUUUUUAAAGGAUCUCCAAAGGGUUAUGAGGAAAAAGUGGCAGGUUGCGCAGAAAUGCAAGUUGGAACCUGCAACAACCCCACAUGAGGUGUUGGGCUUUAGGGAUCCCCCGGCACUGCUUCCUGACUAUAAAGAGCACAAUGUUUCCAAUUGGGUUAAAGAACAUUAUGGACCAAAUAACGUUUAUGAGAAUGUAUAUAGGGACAAUCCUGAAUCCGUAGUUGAAUACGCAACUAGCCCCAUCCAUAGGAAUAGUGACAUUAGGUCAUCAUGUGAUUAUGGCAGGUCUAAAAGGCCCCCACCACCUCCCCCAAAACGUAGUGAGACAACACAUUUGAGUACUUCAAAAAUGCAUUGAUGCUGUGCUUUGAUGUGAACUGAAAACUUAGUAUGUGUAUGAAAGUUGUUACAUAAUAGUGGAAAUUUUAGAAGUCGCAACUGACACUAGUUGAAAUUUUUAGCAAUUAUAUCUCAUUUUUUAUAAACUGUUCACGGGAUUUUGAAUGUGGUAACUUGUACAUGUCGAAAAGCAAAAAAUAUUCAAUUUUUCAUGUCCAUCUUCAAAUUUUAAGGGAUUUAAGUUUAUUUACAAUCAAGAAUAUACACAGCAAGGAGUGUCAAAAUUGACAGUAAAGUUUAGCUGCCAAGUUGAAAUAUAUCACUCGUUAAAAAUUCAAACUUGAAUACAGUUUCCAUACCUAAAAUUGAAUAAUUCUUCAUCGGUAGCCUUCAUAACUUUUCCAUUGUGUUGAAGAGUUAUCAUAACCGUUGAUUUUUGAAAAAUUAUCAAUUUUGGAAAUUUCAUAUUUUGAAUUUUUUUUUCGAUAUACACUUGGUACAGUGGGUGAAAUUUUGAUUUAACUCACUUCGUAUUCGAAUUGUGAAAAUUUCGAUAACUUGCAUCCUCCGGAAUUCUUGAAGAAAACUUGUUUUCCCAUGAAUAUUAUUCAAAAUAUAGUCUAGUUUUGAAUAAAGUUAAAUUGAUAUUGCUGCACUUCAACAAUCAAGUUCAGUCAUUGAACUCUGAGGAAUAAAAGUUACAUUCAUAUCUCGGUAUUUUACCAGCUUUUAAGACAUUUCGCAAGAAUAGCAUACAUGAUAGUCUCAACUUAUGAUGUUAUUCUACUCUUGUCGAAUACCAGUGUCGAAUGUAAAAAAUAUAGAAAAUAUUCAAAAAUUGAUAAACGAAACUAAAUACCACGAUACAUAUACUAAAUUUUCAAAAUCAGAAGCAUUGUAAAAAGUUCAUCUAAACAAGCAAUGUGAUUUUAAAUAUUAAUGUGCCAUUUAGUAGAAGAUUAAAUCUAAAUUGAAUUAUGAAAGAUCAUUUAUUGCAUAAUUAAAGAAUGAAUAUAAUUUAAUCGACUAGCUGGUUAUUUUGUUGGUAAAAUAAAUUAUUGAAAAAUGUCAAACAUUUAUGGUGCUUAAUAGUUAGAUAUGAAAUUUAGUAAUAGACGUAGCUGAUUUUGUGUGGUUUAUAAAUUUUAUAUAAAGGUUGCCCUAUCAGUUACUCAUUUUUGAUGAUACAGGGUUGAAGUCAGUUUAUUUAUUUUUUUCUUGUAAUUUUCUGUCAUGUAAUAUAUUUGUGUAUAUAGUUUAAAAAUGUUCCAAGCGUACGCUGUUAGGAUGAACAGCUCAUAAUUAUUGAGAAGUAAGUGUACUUUUAUUAUGAUCAAUGAUAACAUUUUUUAUAUUGAUGUACAAGAUCUCUUAUUAUGCCAUUGUGUCAUACAAUUUUGUAUGUUUUAUACGAUUUAGUAACUUUAGAAUUGUUAGAAACUUGUAAGAAUACACUAUAAAAAUUCUUACUUUGGAAAUAGUUUUCCCCCUUCCCUUAUUUUCAAUAUGAAUAUGAUUUUCAGUUCUGUGCAAUUGUAUUUUUGAAUUAUGGAGUUAUAUUUUAAUUUCUCGCACAAAUCUAUGAUAAAUGUUGUGAAAAUAUAUUCAUUGGUCUUUUGAGCACCAAGAAAUUUGGUUUUCAUUUCCCUAGGUGCUUUAACUUAAAUGUAUACUGUCUUCUAUUUCUAUUAACUAAUUGUUAACAAGUAAGCACUAUAACAAUAAAUAAUAAUAAUUCUUAUUAA